AUGUUCUCCGAGCCGUCGUCGUCGCUCUACUGGCCGCCCGACGUGGCCCGCUACAACAUGGACGCCCUCGUCUUCCUGUCGUCGGGCUGGCUGAGGACGGCAUGCAUUGUCGCGGCGCUGUUCUGGGUCGCCUUCCGCGCAUACCAGGUCCUCUCGCAGCCCGUCGAGAAACUCGUCCAAGUCCUGGGUCUCGAAGUCCCGGUAGCCCCGCUCGUUUCGCUGGCCGGAAUCAAAGCAGAUGGCGUGUUGCUGCACUGGAAGCCGCCAGACCAGCGCGCGUCUGUCCUCAAAUACGUUAUUCGCAUCAACGGCAUAGACAUUGGCGACAUCUCGCCCCAAGAAACCUCUAUCACUAUUGAAAACCUGCAACCCGGCCGCCACUAUACCGUGCGCAUCGUCACGCUCAAUUCGUCAAACUUCCAGGCUCCCAGCGUACCUAUCCGCCUUCGAACCCUGCCUGCCGACUCGGACCAAUACUACAGCCCCAACCCACCCAAGGAUACCCAACCUACGAGCGGCGAUGAAGACUUCACGCCCACGCCCAUCAUCCGCCCAAACAAAAGCCGCGCCGAUGUCAUUCAACCCUUCGUUGCGCCUCUCAUGACGCGGGAGCACAGUAACAGCACCUCACGUUUGAGGCGCCCGGAUGUGGGGAGGAGAAGUUCACCGGCAUCGCAGACUGCUGACCAGGCACGCUCGGCCCAAGAGGCCGUAGAAGGCACAGACUCAAUAAGGCAGCUCACAGAGAAGUUGGACGCCCUCCGGCGUGACCUGGACGACAUGGAGCGCCAAAUUCAAGACGAGGACCAGGAGUUUGUGACGCAGAAAGCGAUUCUGGCGGACAAGCGCGACGAGAAAAAGGUGGCUUUGAAAGAAAAGGAAGAUGCUAGUCGGGACCUCAGAAAAGAAGUAGCCAGUCUCGAACGCCAAAAUGCCGCGGCCCAAGCGAGGCGUGCCCAGCAAGAGAAGAUACUGCGACAAAAGGAGGCAGAGAGGCAGAAGCUAAAAGACGACGUUGCGAGGUGGACACGUGAGGCUGGCGAGCUGCGUGAGACAGCAGAGAAAGUCAAGAAAGAGCGCGACGAGUACGAGGAUGCGUCUGCGAAAAGGAUCCAGGCUGUUAAAGACAAGCAUGCAGAAGAGAUCCAGACCAACAAGUGCUUAGAAGACGCUAUACGCGAGAAGGGUAUCCAGAUCAAGGCGCUCGAGGAGGAACGACAGGCCCUGGAAGAAGGACAGGAGGGCGGAGAAGCUCCAGAUGGUGCCGAUAAUGCAGAAAGGGAAGAGGACAACAGAUGGAAGAUGACGCUUGGCCUCUUGCAGCAACAUUAUGCCCAGGCGUGGGCUCUCUUUACAGAGGCCGAACGAGUGAACCACGAAGCUUCAAGCAGACUACAGUUCAUGGAGCAGCGUCGUAUGAGCCAGCCGCAGCUCUUCUCUGGGCCGCCUGUUCCCGAGAUGGGCCCCGUCAGAAGGAGCAGUCUGCGAGCGCGCCCUCUCAGCAUGCGCGAAGGCCUGCUUUCUGCAGCUCCUGGAGGAUUUGUCCACACCUCGUCCGCCCCGUUCAACAGUAUUCCUACAACAGCCUCGCCCUCAUUUGCGUCCGUCACACCUUACUUCAACCCUGUCAACGGCAUGGCGCUUCCUCCUCGCACACAUUCCAUGUCCUUCUCUCAAGCAGACAUUGAUAGUCUGACCGGAGGAGCUCCCAUGAGUCCGACUGCCGGCGCUCUGCUUCCUGCAGGCCUCUUCGGCGACGAUUUGGGUCUGACAGAUGCCGAGGAUGAGGACGAUCUAGGUCCACCACGACCCCCAUCACUAGACCCCUCGCCAAACCUCAGAAAUGUGUUACCGGGCUUAGGGGCGCCUGGCACUAUGAACCGCAUCCAAGACCCCAGUUCACCCGUCUCACCGCAAAGCCGCUCUCCUAGUGCAUUUGCGAGUCCAAGGGAAAGUGCUGGCGAACUACAAUAUUAUCCAAAUAACGACAACGCCGACAGCGACAGGCGCUCCAUUCAUUCCACAUCCAGUUCCUUCAUGGUCAACCCUCAGGCCAGUCGCUUUGGCGGUCUUUUUGGACUGAAUCGGGCGCGUGGGAAGACAUUUUCUGACGAGGGACCCACUUUGGGUUCUCUGAAGCCAUCGCAGAGUCAGUCUCUGCCUCGGCAAGAACAUGGAUUAGAUGCUGCAGGGUCCUCACGGCGGCGAGGCAGUCAUUCGGAAGGCGCGUGGUACGAUUCAUUCAUACGCCACAAGACGCUGCCUGUGGAACCGCCCAGCAGUCCGAAGCAUGUGGCUACGCGUAAGCGGCCAUUCAACAUGUUUGGGACGAAGGCCGACCCGUGGCUGACAUCAGUACUAGGAUUCGAACGGCCGUCGUCUCCCCGUCAGGGCUCUACCAAGUCUGGCGAAGGAAUGGCUUUACCGCGGCCUUCGACGGAAAGCCAGACGCGGUUUGGAUGGUCUGUGGAUGCAUUUGGUGCUCGAAGCAGCCCACUCGGUGUCGACUGGAGUAUCAACAACACCAACACGACUUCCUGGUCAAGGAUGCCUUCGCGACGUCCGUCAAUACAACAUGGGUCCACUAGCAAUCUGAUCAACGAAGACAUGCUACAUGGCGAUCUCCUCGACUUCCCCUCCACCACCCGUUCACCCACCCAGGCACCAAUUGGCACCAGGCCUCAGUCAUCCGCUUCACACAUGCCUGCACAGGCGUCAAUCUCAUCACUACAACCUGUCCCCCCUACGCCACCUACACAGCUCGACCCGACAGCGGCCGCUUUCACAAUGUUCCAGCUGGGGAAGAAGACGGAGGAGGACAAGGCGAAGAGAGCUGCCGAGAAGGAAGCUAAAAGAGCGGAGAAGGCAGAGAAGAAGGAAGAGAAGGAGAAGAAAGCUAAAGCCGAGAAAGCCGAAAAAGCUGCGCGCAAGGAGAAAGACAAGCACACUGCAUCUGAGGCCGGUGAUUCUAGAGAUGCCACUUCUCCUCAUUAUGACUCGCGCAUGUCACGCGAUACACCAUCGUUACUUUCUACUGCCGACGCAUCGGAAGCUUCGCCGCGUGAAUCGCUCGAACGCACCGCAUCCCAUACAGCUUCGGAGAAUGCUGGGUCUAUCGGAAAAGAGUCUUUCAUGCAAAAACUUACUCGCAAGGGAAGCACCAAUCAGUUCCUCACCUUCAGCAAGAAAAAUGUCCUGUUGUCGAAAAAUAAGGUUAGCGACGUGCCAGGUACUCCGGACGAGGCAGACGAGGACGGCGGCUUCCUUGGUAUUGGACGCAGUACUGAGAGCGUCGGAAACAGCCCUAGCAUUGGGACGCCCAAGGACAAGGGCGGUUUACUGAGCUGGGGCUCUAUCAAGCGCAUUGGGAAGAAGGACAAGACGCCGAGCUUGCAUGAAAGCAUCGCUAGUGAGGCGACAGGCGAUGAGGAUGAUGGUGUGAUGGAGGGCCCGAAGGUAUAG